UUUCAGUGCCCGAUUCAAAUCUUGGGAAGGCGUUCUUUCCCCCUUUUUCUGUUUGUAUUUCGAAAGUGAUGUGUUUAGGUCGUGGCGCGUCCUGAGCUCAGCCACAGCGAUGACGUCAAAGCAGGCAUGCUACGAAGAUGUCUCAUGCACAUAAGAAACUCGCAACCGGGAAACACGCAUGGAGUGGCACAAAAGCCACAUCGAUACGCGUCCGCCCGGCAGAUCCGCCAAGCUCGAUUACUUGGAGGUGACGAACACCCCACCCCACCUUAGCUACCCCUCAUAUCGCAUCCAAGCUCCUUCCACAUCCCAACCAAAGACCAAGAAAGAACAAACUUAUUUUGAAGUUGCCAUACAUUUAUCCACAACCUACUUCCAACUCGAUCGCCGAAAUCGCCAUGAGUGCGAGCGGAACCGACAAGAUUCCUCUCCAACCGGGGCAAGUGGAGCAACACUAUUACCCCCCGCCACCUCCGGGACCUCCUCCAAGCGAUGCCGCGAACCCGCAGCAGCAGCACCCGAACGAGACUCCGAUUCCCGAUUACGACAUCCCAGCUUACGACCCGUCCAAAUUAGACGCGCCGCACUUCGCCGGGCCCUCGCCCACGCCCACGGGGCUCUACGACGACGAUGAUCCGCCUCCCCACCACGCCGAUGCCAAGCCCAGCGGCUGGUCGCAACGCUUCUCCGAGUGGGGAACCAAGGCCGCCGCGCCGCUGAACGCGCUGGCGAACAAGAUGGGGUCUGAGGCCUUCCUACCUACGACGAUGGACAAGGAAUGCGAGAAGGCGGCGAGGAUCCUGAGGGCAUUCUGCAAAGACGGAAUCUACAGCGAUAACGGCGACAGCAACAGCGCCCCGCAGACCGCGGCCGCCACGAAAGGCGACCCCGCCAGCAAAGCAGCCGCCGCCACCAGCACGACCACCACCACCGCGGCUGGCCCCAACCCGAAGUCCAAGUCCCGCGUCCUGCUGACGAUCCCGUCCAAGGUGAUAGCCCGCGCGCAGGGCCUCCUGAUCUUCACGACGGUGCGCGCGGGCUUCCACGUCACGGGCGCCAGCGGCAGCGGCAUCCUCGUGGCGCGCCUCCCCGACGGCUCCUGGUCGCCCCCCAGCGGCGUCCAGGUCCACAGCCUCGGCGCCGGCUUCGUCCUCGGCCUCGACAUCUACGACUGCGUCGUCGUCAUCAACACCCACGAGGCCCUCGACGCCUUCACCCGCACCCGCAUGAGCCUCGGCUCCGACCUCGCCGUCGCCGCCGGGCCUUGGGGCGCCGGCGGCAUGGUCGACUGGGGCCUGCCGCAGGAGGGCAAGGGCAAGGGGAAGAGCAAGGACGGCGCCGAGGGCGGUCGGGAGAGGGGUAGAAUGGGCGACGAGAAACCCGUCGGCACGACCUCCGCACCCGCCGACACACCCGCCGACCUCCCAACCCGCCCCCUCGAAGCCCCCCCACCAACCACCACUUUCCAGCCCCAGCCGCAAGUGACCACCGGCGCCGGAACCGCCCCAGCGCCAACCAUAUCCGUCUCCCCCGCAACAGCAGAGCCGCAGCAGAGCCCCACCGAGCGCAGGCCCAGCCCCAGCCCCAGCCCCAGCCCCCUCCGCGACGCCCUCCGCCGCCCCGUCUACAGCUACGUCAAGUCGCGCGGCUUCUACGCGGGCGUCCAGGUCGACGGCACCGUCGUGGUGGAGCGCCGCGACGCCAACGCCGCCUUCUACGGCGGCCGCGCCCCGGUGUCCCGCAUCCUCGCGGGCGGGGUCGAGCCCCGCCCGGGCCCGGACCACUGGCCCGCCGCCGCGAGGACCCUCGUCGACGUCCUCCGCGGCGCCGAGGGCUGGAGGGGCCACUCCGACUCCCAGCCCCACCCGCGGGGCCCCACCGUCGGCUUCGCCGAGGCAGCCGCGGAGCCCCGCGCCAACGUGGUCCCGAGCCCCGGGCCCCCCGCGUACACCGAGUCGACCGCAGUGCCCGACGACUUGCCGCCCGCUUACGUGGACGUCGGGCAGGCGCCGCGGCCUGGGGUUGGGGAUGGCAAGACUGGCCUGCACUGAUGAGACGGGGAUGAGAGAGGAUGGGUUGGACAGUAGGGCUGGCAUUGGGAGGGGGAGGUGAAAGGAUACUUGAUGGUCGUUUGAUUCCGUGAGGCAGGCGUGAGGUGUGAUGCAUGAUUAAUAGAAGCUCUGAUACCCAAAGACUUGCCGCAGAAUCUGUGAGGAAACGGCGCUGACGGCGUGGCUAGAACGACGUGGCCGGCUCACUCGCUUCGUCCCAAUGUUGUGCUGUGGGCUGACUUUCAAAACAUCCGAGUUAAGUCUAUGUACGAGGACUCUGUCCAUCACAAGUCAGGCAUCGAUGUGCCACCAUCCCGAGACUCCUGUAGCCUCCAUAUAUCACCUGAGAUGGCCACCGAUAUGAUAGCUACAAGCGAAGCUUUCGCUUAACUCCCCAGAAAUCCAUCUCCCCAAAAUGUAGCAAAGAGC